UCAUCGAGCAAAUGCUGCGGCCCACUAUUAGCAUGUGACCCGCUAUGCAAUCAAUUGUCUCAUCGCUGUGAACCAUAGAAUCUGAAGUCAGGUUAGAUGAGUUGGAUGGAAAAGGAAGAAAUUCAGUGAUGACAAAUGGACCUUAAUAUUGGCAUAGACAGCAAGCCGCGAACUCGACGAGGACGUCCUCGCUUCACUGAUCGACUGGUCACAUUGGCCGGUGAUCGUAAUGACGACACCAAUGACCCCAUCAGUACGAUAGAUUCGAAAAUAGCUCUAAAUGUGCGUGUAAAGGAACGAGAAAAUGGUGGUACUAAAAAAGGCCCAUUGGGAAGCAUCUUCAAAGAUACAUCCACCAAUUCCAUCAAAGGCCUUUUUUACAAGGAAUCCAGCCAUGACCUGAAGGAUAGUAUCAGGCGCCCUCUCACAGGAUUAUUUCGAAGGCCAAAUUCCCGCGCAAAUCCCAAAUUUGGGUCAAAGAAUGAAAACAGAACAGGGACAGACGUCUUUGUACCCGAAGUUUCGAAUUAUAGAAAUGAACAUACAAUUUCUCGGAGUUCGGCAACAUCUUGUUUCGAAGGAGUUUUGCAUGAUGUUGCUAAUGCUCCGAGCAUAAACGUCAAUCAGAUAUCAACCGUGUAUCAGUUGGAUUUUAUGAAUGCGGAGAAUACUUCACUAGCUAAAUUGGAUGAUAUAGAUUUAUCACUUCUAUCACGCUUUUUGUGUACAGAGGAAGAAGUAAAUGAUGAGAAAACAUCUUGGACAUGGGACUAUCUUUUUGCUAGUGUGAGUACAGAAAUGCGCGACGAAUGGAUGCAAGACGAGGGACGGGAUGAUAGUGAUUACGGAGAUGAAAAUCUAAUCAAGUAGAGACGUUUCCAUAGUUUUCUACUUUUCAUUAUGGUAAUAUGUGCUUAUCUUUUGACUGUUUUAAUUGGAUGCGAGGAUUGCAACUUUAGAAACGCGUACAAAGCUUUUUACUGUAUUUGAUUCGGCUCCUACCCAAUGUGAUUAAUGCCGUCGUUAAGGACAACGCAGUACUUCCCGACUUGAGCUCUGCAUUGCUACUUUUAUUAGAUAUACUAAUUAAAU